CAGCGUGAGCGGGCUUGGUCCCACAUUUGAUAUAAAACCGGAUCAGAAGGGCUCACCUCAUCACAACGCCUGCACACACCUGACAGGAUGGUGCUUCAGGCCAGUAAAGAGAUAUUCCCGUUGAUGUUGAGUUUACUUUUAGGAUCCUCCUCUAUCUUCUGGCAUCUUCCUCCAGCAGUGGCGUUCCAGCUGCCUUUGUGCCAGCUCACCAACCAGACCAUUUCUCUGGAGAAGGAGGGCUGCUUCGGGUGUCAUCCAGUGGAAACAACCAUCUGCAGUGGGCACUGCUUCACCAAAUACCCCGUCGGGCCCAUACGAUUCAGCAAAGUGUACCAGCAUGUGUGCACCUAUCAGAACUUUUCCUACAAGACGUUUGAGCUUCCUGACUGUCUCCCUGGAGUCGACCCCAUCGUCACCUACCCCGUGGCUUUGAGCUGCCGCUGUGGCCGCUGCUCCAUGGAUACGUCCGACUGCACCUUCGAAAGCCUGAAACCUGACUUCUGCAUGAAUGACAUUACCUUUUACUACUAGUGUAGCAGCAGAUUAAAGAUCAUUCAAAAAGAAAACAAAUGUGUCGGCGUACUAAACAUACUGAAUGUUACGAGAAAAUGAAAGAAAUAUUAAUGCAACAGGUUAAAAACAACAAUGUUUUAGGAAGUAUUCAAUGAUUCGACAACACAGUACCGAGUCUGAGAUCAGAGAUCAGCUUACGUUUUGCUUGUAAAUUGUUUUGUAAUUAAGUUUGUGAUUUUUCUUUUAAAAGGCGUUUGGUGACUUUUCGCUUUGUUUUUUUAUUAUCUACUAAUGGAUUAAACAUGGCAAAUGCUGUGGCACUAGUUCA